AUGAGCCAUAUUCCGCUGUUGGCUGUUGUUGGAGUGAGCCGUGUACUGUCGUCUCGUACUGAAGCCGGAAAUCCAUACUGCCAAACCUGGAAAUUUUACGACAUCUCCGCGUCACUCGUUUGGUGUACAGAUGUUCAACCCACUGCGAAAGUGAUCAUAUUCAACCAACCUAUCCUAACAGCAUCAGACACUAUCUCCACUGAUAGAGGUUCUUCAUCAACCACGCUGGCAACAACCUCGACUAGUACAUCCACCGAAGAGGCACCAUCUGUCACCGAAACUUCGGAAGGAAAGUCUGGGGGCAUGUCGUUAGAGAACAAGAUAGGACUUGGUGUCGGUCUACCUGUGGCAGGGAUAGUCUCAGCUGUGCUAGCGGUUUGGCUGGUAGUAAAGAGGCGGAAAGGAAGAAGAGCAGCGCCGGCAGUACCAGUAGUUCCCUUGGUUCCAGCAGCUCCAGCAGGUACUUCUAGUAGGGGUAGUUCGCGCUCUUAG